AUCGAUUCCGUGUAAUAAUAACAAUAGAAUUUUACUUGUGGAAAUUUUAACUAAACGAAAAAUAAAAAAAAUAAAAGAAAAUCCAAAAAUUUAGUAUAGAAAAAAUUUUGCAUUUUCUUCACAAUUGCAUUUUACUUCUGAUCCCACCAUAAUGGAAAUAGUUGGAUUAUUAAAGAUAUUGCUAGCAGUGCUAACGAAAGUUACAUCGAUUAAAUCAAUAUUUGUUUCUUUAGCAAUUGCCGCAUAUUUUAAUGUAAUUGGUGUGCACUCACGUAAACAUCAUUUGGAAGUACAAAAUGACGCACGCCCUUACAUAGCCCUUAGCACAUUCGGCUUUUAUACUAAUGGGCAUUUGAAUGUUAAACUCAGUAAUUUGUUUAUGUCAGAAGAAACGGGAGAUGAGUUGUUGGGUUUGUCUUUAGAUAAAACGACCAUCGAUGAAAUGAAUCCCUAUUUAGAUUCACAUCAAAAUAAGUGUCUCUUGGAGGAACUUUCUAUCACUCAACACAAUGGACCGAUAUUGUUUUUUGUGUUUGAUUUAAAGAAUCUUCAAGUUCACGUGAAAUGUUCCCCAGAAUGGCGUAACUCUCAUAUCUAUAAAAAUAGUUCUAUGUUUCCGAUGUAUCGUGGUAAACGUCAAUCAGCCCACGUCGUAGAUUCUACACUUUUUAUGGAACCACGGCGCAGACGACGACGUGACCUUGAACCUAUCGAUAAUAAGCAUGGUAAUGUCGCAUCCUUCACUACUGGCGUAAUGUUAGAUGAUAGUUCCUACGACGUUUCGAGAGAAUCGGUAAAAUACCAGGCAAGUGCUGCUCAAGAAAUGAAAUAUAAUGAACCGACAAAUAGUCAGGUGAUCGAGCACAAGUCUGUUGCUGCUGCUGUUGUAGAAGAUAAAAAAGAAUUUUCAACUUCAAAAGAGAUACCAGUUAAAGUUGAUAGUAAACCUACCAUAACUAUGGCAGCUUCUGAUGUAGUAUCGUUUAACGAAAAUACGCAUAAUGCUCUUUGUAACAAUUUCAAAUUACCCUUAACGAAGACUAAUAUCAACGGUAUUAAUUAUUAUAACAUGUCGUUUUCCAUGUUUGUGGCUAAUAUACAUGAAGAAGGUCUUUAUAAUUUAUAUUUUCACGAUUGCCCAAACUAUCAUGGAGUCAAUAAGCAGGUUUCAUUUGCAGUUGAUAUUGAAGAAAACAAUAAUGGAAAUUAUCUAUCAGCGGGUGAGAUGCCUCUACCGGCUUUAUAUUUAAUGAUGUCUUUACUGUUCUUCCUAUCCGGCCUCUUUUGGGUAUUCAUACUUAAGAAAAGCAAACAUACGGUUUAUAAAAUUCAUUAUAUUAUGGCCGUACUUGUGUUCUUGAAAUCUUUGUCUUUGAUGUUCCAUUCCAUUAAUUAUCAUUUCAUUGAAAUACGUGGUGAGCAUGUGGAAGCCUGGGCCAUCUUAUACUACAUAGCACAUCUAUUAAAAGGGGCCGUCCUGUUUAUAACAAUUGUUUUGAUUGGUACCGGUUGGACAUUUAUAAAGCAUAUUUUGUCAGAUAAGGAUAAAAAAAUCUUUAUGUUUGUUAUACCACUGCAGGUUUUGGCAAAUGUCGCCGAAAUUAUUAUCGAAGAGUCUGAAGAAAGUGAUGCAGAAUUCCGUACCUGGCAUAAUAUAUUUAUAUUUGUGGAUCUGUUAUGCUGUGGCGCUAUACUAUUUCCAAUUGUUUGGUCUAUACGUCAUUUGCACGAAGCCUCGGCCACUGAUGGCAAAGCUGCCAUAAACUUACGCAAAUUGAAAUUGUUUCGUCAGUUUUAUAUCAUGAUUGUUUGUUAUAUCUAUUUCACACGGAUUAUUGUAUACCUGCUCAAGAUGACCAUGGCCUUUCAAUACGCCUGGUUGGAUGAAAUGUUUCGCGAAAUGGCCACUUAUGUAUUCUUUGUGCUAACUGGCUAUAAAUUUCGGCCUACUUCUUCACAUCCCUACUUUAAUGUAGAUAACGACAAUGACGAUGAUGAUGAUGAUGAUGAAGUGGAAGUGUUAACGGUAUCCGGCCUUACACAGGGUAUACAUCGUACUAAGGCCCAAAAUCGUAAUGCCUUACCCUCAACUAAAGUUAUUGAAGGUAACGAUGAGGAAAAAGAAAAUUUAAUAACUAAACGAGAGUCCAGUCAUGAAUAUGAUUAAGAUUGAAAUGACAGAGGGAUGGCAUAUUUCAGACUGAGCUGUUUUUUUUUUUUUUUUUUUUUGUAAUUAUUUUAAAAUAAAAUUUAUUUAUAUUUUAUUCAAGACAUUGAUGUCAUUAUAAUAAUUGCUAGAAGAAGUAACAAGUUAUUUACGAAGUUAUACACGGACCUUGUCAUACAGCUAUUAAAAAAAAAGUUUUUAUACUUAGAAUUGUUAUUGCACCCAUCCAUUCGAUUUUUCUAGUGCCAAUAAUUUCAAUUUGAUGAAUUAUUUUAGAAAAUAUCAUAUUUUGUCCUUCGUGGAAAUACUUAAUGCAUUCUAUUUUUAAAAUGGAUUUAUCUUAGCUCUAAGUUUCAGUUAUAUCUUAAAUAUUAAUUUUAAUUCACGUUUGUAAAAAGGUUUAUCAAUGAGUUUAAAUAAAAUCUAAAAUAUUUAGAUCAACACUA